UUUGAAGUCGACCACCCCCAGCUUCCGGUUUCGUUCCGCCGUCUCCUAGCUCUUUCAUGCUAGCCGCGGCAGGUAAAUGUGGCGGGUUAUACUCAAACUUUGCCGCGUAAUUCAAACUUUCUAACACAGACAGACAUGUAGCGGCGACGGUAGAACAAACACGGCUGAUUUCCCUGUGUUUCACACCGUGUUUUUCUCUUUAAACCCUCUCGGUGUAGUAAAAAAAAAAUAACGUUAGCCGUUAGUUUUCAAACGGUUCCGGUGCGCGGCGUCUUGUGUCCCCUUCAAAGUUCAACGGGAGCAACACCGAACGAGUCAAUUCUAACUGCAGCAGCAAAAGCAUGUUGAUCAUAAUGUAGCUCUUGAGGCCGAAGUAUAAUUUGAACAGACUAGCAUGCCAUCGAGAAACCAUCUAGACAAAAUCGGCAGGAGGAAGAAGAAGAAAUGGACGGAGGAGGCCAUGGAACGUGCGCUGAUCGAGGUGAAGUCGGGAAGGUGUACGGUGAGACAGGCUGCCAAAGAGUUUGGAGUCCCUAAAUCUUCACUGGGGGACCGAGUCAGCGGGCGGGUGGCACCAGGGAGUCGCAGCGGGCCUGCUCAGCUUAUAACAUCUGCAGAUGAGGAGCUUCUGGUGGAGUUCUCUUUGUACAUGUCCAAGCAUGGAUUUCCAUUGACCAAGCAGCAGCUGGUGUCCUUUGCCUCGUCCAUUUAUAAGCGGCAGCACCGGAGGGUGGCAUUUUCUAAAUUAGGCCAGACCUGGUGGCUCAAUUUUAGAAAACGCCAAGAAAAGAAUAUUACUAUUCAGCCGGCGGACAAUGUGGUCCGCGGGAGGACGGUGUGUGUGAGGAAGGAAGCGGUGGAUCAGUUUUUUCAUUUGCUCAGCACCGUUGUGGACGCUCGCGGGCUCAGGGACAAGCCUCACCAAAUCUUCAACUGCAAUGAGACGGGCUUUCAGCUGGGCAGGAAGAGGGUGAUUCUCCCCAAAUCUGCCAGUCUGGGCUACAAGCCAGUGCCAGGCCUGAGGGACCACAUCUCCGUCCUGGCUUGCGUUAGCGCAGCUGGAGAAAGCGUUCCCCCAUUUAUUAUCUACUCAAAAGCCUAUCCAGGAGGAGUAUGUUACAAGACACACGGGCCUCCAAACUCCCUCUAUGGAUGGUCAGACUCGGGGUGUAUCAACUCUGAACUCUUCAAGAAAUGGUUCCUAAAACACUUCCUCCUGCACGCACCGAAGGCGCGACCACUGCUGCUGAUUUUCGACGGCCACAAGUCUCCCGUGAACCUCGAGGUGGUGGAAGCGGCUCGUAAGGAGGACGUCAUCCUUCUGUGCCUCCCGCCUCACUGCUCUCACAUCCUGCAGCCACUCGACGCCGGGCUCUUUGUCCUCCUCAAGCAGCGUUUUGCGGCACUCAUCGGUGACGGCUGUGCUGCCGAUACGCACUUUGCAGUCAGCAAGAAGGAGUUCUCAGGUGUUUUUAAGGGGACAUAUCAGGUCAUGAAGGAGGAGGAGGGUGUCAGGACUGUGAAGGAGGGCUUUAGGAAAUGCGGCAUCUAUCCACUGAACCACUUCAACACCAUCAACGAGGGUCAUUUAACGUCAUCACACGGCACAGCUGGACCCUCCUUAUCCGCAUCGGCACAGGGGUUGCACGCUGUAGGAGACCUAGCAGCUGCUGGACCCUCCUAACUCUUCACUGCCCAAGAGGAAAGAGUGAACACGCAAGUGAGCACAGACGAGAUCUAUUAUCUGAUAUAUUAAAUGGGCUUACACUCCUGCCUGAGAAUCGUGCACCGCCUCCCUCAGCCUCCCUGCAGAGUGCUGUGCUUGUCAGCUCGCCAGUAGAGCCGGGUGUUGUUGAUAUAAAUUGUUGAAGAGUUGUGCUCAGAUUUAUUAGUCGAGUAAAAAUGUUUGUAUGCUGCACAACAGCUGUUCACAACCUGAGGGCAUCUAAAGGAGUUAAAAGCUUAGAAAGAAAAACAUAUAUUUAUAUUUUCAAUAUUCUCUGUGAGUUUUUUAAAUUUUUUAUUUGAUUUUUUGCGUUUUCUUGUGAAAUACUGGAAACCUUCAGCUUUCCAGUCCUGUAUGAAACGAUCUGAGCUCACAAAUCAUCAUCAGAAGUAGACAUUGCCUCAUUUUAGAAGAUCACAAGCCAAAAAAAAAAA